AUGUCUUUAGUGGGAAACUUCGUCUCCAACUACGACAACAGUGCCGGAAAGCAGGGGCCUGGGCUUCCCGGACAUAUGCGGCGAGAAUCGCAGGUUGACCAGCCCGACGUUCCUCCAGGGACGAGGUCUCAAGGUCCCCAUCAUUCCGCAGUUAUCGAAGAUAUAUCAAACACACGUGACGGCACCGGUCUGGAACGUCGCUCGAGCUUCAUGAAAGAUGACGAGAAAAUGUCGGGUGAUCGAUCGAGAAGUCCAGAGAGCGACGAGGAUGACAUCCGUGUCAGAUACCUGGCUCGACAGUUCUCGCGGACGUCCACCAGGACCGAGGACGCCAAUCCCUUCGUCGCAGCGCCGGGCUCUUCCUUGGACCCCAGCUCCGACAAUUUCCAGACCCGGGACUGGAUCAAGGCUCUGUUCAAUUUACAGUCCAAGGACGACCGCUUUCUGGCUAGGACUGCCGGGGUUGCAUUCCGCAACCUGAGCGCCCACGGGUUCGGGUCUGCCACCGACUACCAAAAGACCGUCGGCAAUGCGCCUUUUCAAGUCGUUGGUCUGGUACGCCGGCUGAUGGGUGUGGGACAGCAACGCAGGAUCGACAUACUCCGCGACUUUGACGGACUCGUGAACCAUGGAGAAAUGUUGGUCGUUCUGGGCCCACCGGGCUCCGGCUGCUCGACUUUUCUCAAGACACUGGCCGGUGAGACGCACGGUUUCAACGUCGACAAGGAUUCGUACAUCAAUUACCAAGGGAUCGCCUUUGACCAGAUGCACAAGCACUUCCGCGGCGAGGCCAUCUACACCGCGGAACAGGACAUCCACUUCCCUCAACUCUCGGUCGCAGACACGCUCUACUUUGCCGCUCGUGCGAGAGCACCGCGGUAUCGGCCGGGAAACAUCUCCGCACACGACUACGCCUGCCACAUGCGAGAUGUCAUCAUGGCGACCUUUGGCAUCCGACAUACAUUCAACACCCGAGUUGGUAACGAUUUUAUUCGAGGGGUGAGUGGAGGAGAAAGAAAGCGCGUCAGUAUCGCCGAAGCGACCCUCAACAUGUCGCCCUUGCAAUGCUGGGACAAUAGUACCCGUGGCCUAGACAGCGCCAACGCCAUCGAAUUCUGCAAAACGCUACGUCUGUCAACCGAGAUCCUCAACGCCACAGCCGCGGUGGCCAUCUACCAGGCACCCCAGGCGGCAUACGACAUCUUCGACAAGGUCACUGUCCUUUACGAGGGGCGGCAGAUCUAUUUCGGAAGGACCGAGGACGCUAAGGACUACUUUGUCCGUCUGGGCUUCCACUGUCCCGACCGUCAAACAACUGCCGACUUCCUCACGUCCAUGACCAGCUCUGAUGAGCGUAUCAUCCGCGAAGGUUUUGAGGAUAGGGCACCACGCACUCCCGAUGAAUUUGCCACGGCCUGGAGGAAUAGUCCCGAGCGUGCCCAACUCCUUCGAGACAUCGAGGACUUCGACACAAGACAUCCUCUCGGCGGCGAGGAUCUGGAUCGGUUCAAGGAAUCGAGAAGACUGCAGCAAGCCAAGCGGCAACGUGUGGUGUCACCUUACACUCUCUCGUACGGCCAACAGGUCCGGCUCUGUCUCUGGCGCGGGUUUCGCAGGUUGCUCGCCGACCCGAGUCUGACGCUGACGUCCAUCAUCGGCAACAACAUCUUUGCCCUAAUCAUCGGGUCCAUCUUUUACAACCUCGACGGUACCACCAAUUCCUUCUACUCGCGGGGUGCCUUGCUCUUCUUCGCCAUUCUGCUGAACGCGUUCAGUUCCGCCUUGGAAAUCCUCACCUUAUAUGCGCAACGCCCCAUCGUCGAGAAACACCAACGCUACGCGCUGUACCACCCUUCGAGCGAGGCGUUUGCCUCCAUGUUGACGGAUAUGCCGUAUAAGAUCACCAACGCCAUUAUCUUCAACGUCACACUGUAUUUCUUGACCAAUUUGCGCAGAGAACCGGGGCCGUUCUUCUUCUUUCUCCUCAUUUCCUUUACCUUGACACUGGUGAUGAGUAUGCUCUUUCGAACCAUCGCCUCUGUCUCGCGAACGCUAAGUCAGGCUUUGGCUCCUGCAGCUAUUCUCAUCCUGGCCAUCGUCAUCUACACUGGUUUCGCCAUUCCGGUCAACUACAUGCUCGGCUGGGCUCGGUGGAUCAACUACCUUGACCCUGUAGCUUAUGGAUUCGAGGCCCUCAUGAUCAACGAGUUCUCCGGCCGAGAUUUCGACUGCGCCGUCUACGUGCCGUCCGGUCCGGGGUACGGCGGCGGUUCGAACCGAGUCUGCUCCACGGUGGGGUCUCGCCCCGGUCGAACGUUUGUCAACGGGGAUGACUUUAUCAACAGCAGUUACAAGUACUACGCCUCUCACAAAUGGAGGAAUUUUGGCAUCCUGAUCGCAUUUAUGAUCGGUCUCUUCGUCACCUACCUGGUGUCGGCGGAAUUCGUCCAGGCUAAGAAAUCAAAGGGCGAGGUUCUGGUAUUCCGUCGCGGCCAGACACCAGCUCCACUAAAGAUGAAGCCGCCUCAAGACAUAGAGACCGGCGACGUCACGUCAACUAGUGCCGUCGCGGCAGCCAAGACCCAACAUCCCGAGGACGUGUCGACCGUCAUUCAGAGACAAACCGCCAUCUUCCAAUGGCGCGACGUUUGCUACGACAUUCAGGUGAAGGGUGAAGGAAGGCGGCUCUUGGACCACGUCGACGGGUGGGUCAAGCCGGGCACCAUGACUGCCUUGAUGGGCGUGUCCGGGGCUGGGAAGACGACGCUCCUGGAUGUCCUGGCCACCCGAGUGACCAUGGGGGUCAUCUCCGGCGAGAUGUUGGUCGACGGUCGACAACGAGACGAGUCAUUCCAGCGCAAGACCGGCUACGUCCAACAACAAGAUCUUCAUCUGGAGACGUCGACGGUCCGAGAAGCCCUGAGCUUUAGCGCCCUCCUCCGUCAGCCCGCACACAUCCCGCGACGCGAGAAACUAGCCUACGUUGACGAGGUGAUCAAGCUGCUCGAGAUGUCCGAGUACGCCGACGCCGUCGUCGGGGUGCCCGGCGAAGGCCUCAACGUGGAACAACGCAAACGCCUGACCAUCGGCGUCGAAUUGGCAGCCAAACCGGAGCUGCUACUUUUCCUCGACGAACCCACCUCGGGCCUCGACUCGCAGACGUCUUGGUCCAUCCUGGACCUCCUAGAGAAGCUGAAGCAGAACGGGCAGGCCAUUCUCUGCACCAUCCACCAGCCGUCAGCGAUGCUCUUUCAACGUUUCGAUCGCCUCCUCUUCCUAGCCAAGGGCGGACGUACCGUCUACUUCGGCCCCGUGGGCCAGUCUUCGAGAACUCUAAUCGAUUACUUUGAGCGUAACGGCGCCCAUCACUGCGCCGCCGAUGCGAAUCCCGCCGAGUGGAUGCUCGAGGUCAUCGGAGCCGCGCCAGGCUCGCACACCGAGAUCGAUUGGGUCGACACGUGGCGCCUGUCGCCGGAAUACAGGGCAGUGCAUGCCGAGCUUUCUCAGAUGAAGGCGGAGCGCUGUCAACUCGCCCGGGCGACCUCAAACAGAGCCGACCGUGCCAGCUAUCGAGAAUUCGCGGCGCCCUUCUACCAGCAGCUGUAUGAGGUUUUGAAGCGUGUCUUUGAGCAAUAUUGGCGCACCCCUUCGUACAUCUACAGCAAGCUGUCUCUCUGUAUCGCGUCUGGUCUUUUUAUUGGCUUCUCCUUCUUCAAUGCCAAAAUCACGCAGCAGGGUCUUCAGAACCAGAUGUUCGGCAUCUUCAUGCUGACGACGAUCUUUGGCCAGCUCGUCCAGCAGAUCAUGCCCUUGUUCGUGACUCAACGCUCACUCUACGAGGUCCGCGAACGACCGAGCAAGACAUAUUCAUGGCAAGCAUUCAUGAUGAGCAAUAUCAUCGUCGAGCUGCCUUGGUCGACACUUUGCGCCAUACUCAUCUUCUUCACCUGGUACUAUCCCAUCGGCCUGUAUAGGAACGCGGAACCGACGGAUGCGGUGCAUGAGCGCGGGGCGUUGAUGUUCCUCCUGAUCUUGACCUUCUUAUUGUUCACGUCCACGUUUGCGCACAUGGUCAUUGCGGCCAUCGCGACGGCCGAGACCGGUGGCAACAUUGCAAACCUGUGCUUCUCGCUCACCUUGGUGUUUUGCGGCGUCCUCGUUGGGCCCAAGGCGCUGCCCGGGUUCUGGAUUUUCAUGUACCGCCUCUCGCCCUUCACCUACUUGAUCGACGGCAUGCUCAGCACGGCUGUCGCACAUGCCAGUGUCACAUGCGCCACCAACGAGUAUCUCCAUUUCACGGCACCGUCGGGCCAGACGUGCGCAGAGUACAUGCAAUCUUAUAUCAACUCAGUCGGCGGAUAUCUCCAGGACCCUUCGGCCACGGGCAAUUGCAGUUACUGCCAGAUAUCGACCACGGACGCAUUCUUGGCUAGCGUGUCGUCGCAUCCGCAGUACAUGUGGCGCAACUUCGGGCUGAUGUGGCCAUAUAUUGCCUUCAACGUCGUCGGCGCCGUUUUCUUGUACUGGCUCGCGCGCGUACCGAAGCGCAUGUCCAAGGGGAAGAGAGAACUAGCCAGCCCAAAGGAGAGCAAAGAGGGUAGUGUGCUCGAUGGACCCGUCGAAACUACCAGUGGAGAGAAGAGAGAAGACGAUGGGGCGGAGAAGAGCACAGAUGCAAGUCUUACUCCAAUGAUGACCUAA